CUUCAUAGCGACGCUGGCAUCGGCGUAGAGUUUGUUGAUUGUUGUUAAUUUUGACGAAGAAGAUGCAACCCAAAAGAGCCAAGCGCGCUGGACUUACCAAGGAAGCAACUUGGAAGAGGCUCGGGUUUUUAUCGGCCGACAAGGAGGGCAAGGACGGGGACCCGAAGAAAUAUCGAGCGAUAUGCAUCCACUGCCAGAAAUACCAGUCCAAUACCAGCAUAGAAAGGCUGAUUAUUCACAGGAAAUCCUGCGCCACGUUCCGGGAGGAUCUUACGAAAGAGCUUGGUGUUGAGUCUGGCAAGGCAGCCAGUUUGCGGAAAUCAACGGCACAUCGAAGCAUCAAUUCAGAACCGUCGGCAACUGCUGAUGUUGAUCCAGAUGCUCCUGCAAACACCGAAUUCAACUCUACGGCCAGCCUGAUGGAGAAGUUGCUGGACGAGGAUGACGAACUGGUGCGCAUCGAUCUGGACCAGCUGGUGGCCCCGCUACCAUCCGACAGCAAUCGAUUGCAAAAGGACCUGAUCAAGGCGGAGACUGAGUAUUUGGAGACCAAGUCCAUCUACUUCAACAAGAUGAACGAGAUCGCCGAGCUGCGGCGCACGGUGACGAUGCUGGAGGCGAAGAAGACUCAAUUGGAGAUCAUCAAGCUUCGUGCCGAAUGCGAGUAGUCUUAGCUUUUAACUUUAGAAAACCCUUGAAAAUUUCCAGAAAUAUAAAAAUUGACAUAGA